UGACACCAAAAGUUUUGUCAAUGUCGUUUCACGUUUUAAGGACGAUGUUUGGGUGUACAAAGCAACAAUAAUAAACUACAAAAGGAUGCCUCCGACGGGCAAAUUUCACAGCCACGCAAAACAGCCCAAAAUAUCUGUAGAACACGAUCCCCAGCAAUGCAACCACCGGCUGAAUGGCCAGUUCAUUCACUACAAGCCCUUGAGGGCCACCGAGGGCAAGACGGUGGUGAGGACGUUCGAUGCCGACGGCUCCAGGGACCUCAUCGUGCCGAACCGCUGUCCCAUCGACAGGCCGGCCAUCUUGGGGCAGUCCGAGUUCCGGAGGCUCAAGCAACAGGCGCACGUAGUAACUUUGAAAGACAGAGUCGAAAUGAUCGAAGAAGCAGAAAGGCAGAGAAACAAAUUGCAAGCGGAAAGUAUGCAACGAAAAGACGAUUUGAUGAAAGCCCAAAAAGAACAAAAAGCUGUUCCUGGAAGUAAGCUGGAAACUGUAGAAUCAGAAGCUGCAAAAAAGAACCUGUAUCUGCUGAGACGUUCCAAAGAGUUGAUAAUUGAACAAGACGACAGAGUCAAGGUGGCUAACGGUAUUAUUUUGGCGGCAAAAUGUCGGGCCAUAAGAAACGCACAAAUAGCCGAAAAAAAGGUUGUAGAGCAACAACUUCAAGAAGAAAAUAGAAGACUCGAUAUGAUGAUGGAACAGCAAAGACAAAAGCUCAUCAAAACUGAAGAAAAGAAAAGAGAGAUUGAAAAUAAAAAGAAGCAAAGAUACGUCACCGAGGUCAAGCAACAGAUAAAAGAGAACGAGAUAACGCAGUUACUGGAGGCGGAAAAGACGGAAGAAGAAAGCCGGAUGUUGAACAAAGCGUUGAUCGCUUUGCAGAAGGAGGAGGAGGAGAAACUGAGGCAGAAGAAGGAGACGCAGCUGAAGAUGCGAGAGGAGUUCCGGAAAGCUAACGAAGAGGCCGAACGGUAUAAGAGUAUGAGGCAGGAGGAACAGAGGGUUGCCGAAAUGAGAGUCCAAGAGUUCAUGAGGCAAAAAGCAGCCAGGGAAGAGGCCAGAGAAAAGGAGAUGGCUGUGACGAGAGCUGCUAAGGAGAAGGAGAUCGCCAGGAUGAGGGCGCAGCAGGAGAAGGGCCAGGACUAUCAGGCCCUCAUGGACGAGAUGAACGCUUUGAGGUCGCAAGAGGAGAAAGAGAGAGAGUGGCGCGAAACCGAAAAAAUCGCUGUCAAGAAGAAGCUCGAUUUGAUAGAAGAUUUGAAGGUCGCCAGGGCCAAGCAAAUAAAUGAUAUAAGAAAAGCUCAGGCAGUGUCUUUGGCUAGAGAUGAAGAAGAUUUUAUGAAGGUUGCGAAAGUGCAAAGACAGCUGUUCGAGAAGGACUUGGAGGAGCAGCAGAAGAAGAAGCAGCAGAUCGCCCGGCAUCGCAAAGAGUUGCUGAUGCAAAUCAACGACAAGGAGCGCGAGAGAAUACACUGGCAGCAGGAGAGGUUCGAGGACGGCAGGGCGCAACGUUUGGAGGUGGAAAUCAAGGACAAAAACGUCGAGGAUUAUCUGAAACAGAAAAUCGACAAGCUCAAGGAGAAUAAUAUACCGGAGCAGUAUAUUGGUGAUAUAGAAAGGCGACUGAAACUGAGAAAAUAAUAUUGUUUCUUCAACAUAAUAUAUUAUAUAUUUUUUAUAUCUAUUUCGAAAGAAAUGUUGAUUUUUAUCGUACAUUGACUUGAAAUUAAUCAACCUUACACCAUCAAAGGUAAUACGAGUACUUUAAAUUUUAUCGAUACAUUUUUAUUUUCCACGAACACUCUUAUUUCUCGCGAUUUUAUCUAAAUCUGUUUUGUUUGAUUAUAUUUAUAAAAAACGAAAAGCUACGGAAAUUAAUGUUGUCACAACUCAAUUGCCAAUCAGAAAUUUUCAGUGAAUAUUCGCGAUUAA